AAAUUCAACAAGAAAAAAUUCAACAAAAAGAAAUUAUUGAAAUUGAAGACUCUCAAAAAAUAAAAUCUGUUGAAUUUGAUACUUUAUUACAAAGAUGUUCAGGUAUAUCUAAUAUUUUAGAAAAUAUAACUUUUAAAUCUUCUACAAAUAUAAGCAUUAGUGAAAUAAGUAAAGAAAAGGAAAAAUCUACAGAAGAAAUUGAAUCUCAAACUGAAUUAGAAAAAGAUAAUA